AUGGCGCUCGGACUCGGCUCCGGACUGAGCUCCGGCCCCGGCUCCGGCAACCACUCGGAGACGUCCUCGUCGCCCGGCAUCAGCGUGCCCAUCCCCGUGGCGCCGGCGCCGCUCGUCCCCAACCCCAUGUUCGCGCUGCCCACCCUCAACUUCACCGUGGCCCAGGUGGCCGCCGUCUGCGAGACCCUGGAGGAGAGCGGCGACAUCGAGCGGCUGGCGCGCUUCCUCUGGUCGCUGCCGGUGGCCCACCCCAACAUCGGCGAGCUCAACAAGAACGAGGCCGUGCUGCGGGCGCGCGCCAUCGUCUGCUUCCACAGCGGCAACUUCCGCGAGCUGUACUCCAUCCUGGAGUCGAACAAGUUCAGCAAGAGCUCGCACCACAAGCUGCAGGAGAUCUGGCAGCUGGCGCACUACCAGGAGGCGGAGAAGCUCCGGGGACGGGCGCUGGGGCCGGUCGACAAGUAUCGAGUGCGGAAAAAGUUCCCGUGGCCGAGGACGAUCUGGGACGGUGAACAGAAAACGCACUGUUUUAAGGAAAGGACUAGGAGUUUGUUGCGGGAGUGGUAUCUGCAGGACCCGUAUCCGAACCCGACGAAGAAGAGGGAAUUGGCGCAAGCGACGGGACUGACGCCGACGCAAGUGGGGAACUGGUUCAAGAACCGGAGGCAGCGGGAUCGAGCGGCCGCCGCUAAGAAUAGGAUGCAACAGCAGCAGCUCGCCGCCCAGCUGGCCCACCACGGUGGCGGCGGCCGGCAGCCGCCCCUCAGCCCCACGCCGUCCGACAGCGACUCGGACAUCUCCCUCGGAGCGCACUCUCCCCCCAUCUCGUCCCCAGGUCCCAUGCGUUUUUCCAACUCCCCCACACCCAUCACCAGUUUUCGUUUCGGGCCCCAUUCUCCCGGCCCCAUGCCCCCGCAAUUCCGCUUCGGCAAUCACUCCCCGCCCGGCUUCCGUCAAGACCGCAAAUCGAGGAACUCGUCCCCAAUCAACGUCGACACCACAUCGAAUUACAAUAAUUCAGCUGUCAAUUUGAGAUUAACAUCGAACGAGUCGCCCAUCGACGUCGAUUCCACGCAGGAGAAGAGCCACAGCCCCAUCAGGGUGGACAGCUCGCCGCCGCCGAUGAAUCUGAGGAUACACAGUGACAAUACGAAGAUCGAGACGCCGCUGGCGCUGCGGCUGACGUCGAGCCACCAGCUGACGACGCCGCUGCGGAUCCAGGUGGCGUCGCCGCACCGGAUGGCGGCGCCGCCGUCGCCGCCCCACACCAGCCUGCACCUGGGGACGCCCCAUGGAGGUAUAGUUAGAAUAGCACCGCCGAGUCCCUCCAAUCCCCCCGUGCUUCAUCGGCCUUUCUCGCCGCCGAGACUGACGUGA